AUGAUUGCUAUCGUACCCAGUUUAGAUUUCCUUGAUGCCUUCGUAAUUUUGGAGGUUUGGUUGUUCUCCACAUAUUGGUUUUUUUGUGUGGGAUCUUUGUGUCUACAUGAGUAUUGGUAUUAUAGUGUUUUCACCCUCUUUAUGCUGUUUAUGUUCGAGUCAACAAUGGCCAAAAGUCGGUUGAAGACUUUAUCAGAACUUAGACGUAUGAGAGUAGAUUCUCAGGUGCUAAUGGUCUAUCAUUGUGGGAAGUGGACAAAGGUAACAGGGACAGAGCUUUUGCCUGGUGAUGUUGUGUCCAUUGGCUGUGCUGCUGGUCAAGAUGGAGAAGAAAACUCAUUCCCUGCUGCCAUGCUGAUCCUAGCUGGCACUACUAUUGUAAAUGAAGCAAUCCUAACUGGCGACUCUUCCCCUCAAUGGAAGGUUUCAAUAAUGGGAAGAGGACUAGAAGAGUGUUUGUCAUCUAAACGAGAUAAAAACCAUGUUCUUUUUGGUGGCACAAAGAUAUUGCAGCAUACACCCGAUAAGGUUGGCUGCUUAGCAAUUGUUUUAAGAACUCGAUUCGAGACAACUCAAGGGAAACUCAUGCGCACUGUUUUGUUUUCAACCAAGAGGGUUACUUGUAACAGCUGGGAGAGUCGGUUCUUCAUUUUGUUUUUAGUUGUUUUUGCAAUUAUAGCAGCUGGAUAUGUACUAAAAAAGGGGUUUGAGGACCCAAACAGGAGUAGAUACAAGCUUCUUCUGAGCUACGUGGUAGAUUUUGUACAGAGCCUUUUCGUAUACCAUUUGCUGGGAAGUGGGCAUUAUAUGGAUUCUCAUGUAUCAGGAAAUAGAUUCAACAAAGUCCAAAUUCUGUCCAGGGACUUAAAUCUUAAUUCAUAGAGUAAGAAGUGACUUAAGGCCUUUGAAAGAUAAAGGUACUUGGAUGUAGUUAUAUUAUGAUACUUAACUAUUUCAAAAUACAGAAUACCUUGGUUUGGGAUCGUAUCAAACAAUUUGGAAGGUGGUUGCAGCUGAUACUGAUAAACUUUUGUGUAGAUAUUUGUGUUAUACCAGUAAUAAAGUUCUAUAACUGAAUCUUGCUAUAUCCACAAAGUUCAUAUAAGAAAUACAAAAAAAGGAACACACAUUCAAGCUUGCUUCUGUUCUAUUAAGUUGAUUAAGCUACUGCUGCGAUCCAAGUUGAUAGCCUCCAACCCCUACAACUCCAACACCCGCAACGCGGGAUUCUUCCCUAGUUUAUUAUAAAACGUUGUAAGUAUUUUAAAUAAAUGAUAAGCAUUAGCAAACAUGUGUGUACGAAAUUACUUUCGUAAUGGAUUUAUGAGUAUCAAAUAAUAGAUCUCAUAUUAUUUUAUUUAAAGUCGC